CUCUCAACAUCCCGCUCCCGCUGUGUGUGUGUGUGAGAGAGAGAGAGAGAUGGAAAACGGCACGGUAACGCAGGUGGUGACGAACCCUAGCAGUGGAAGAAGAGAAAAGCCGAAAGUGGUGGUAGUAUUGGGGGCGACUGGUUCAGGAAAAUCUAAACUGGCCAUUGACCUCGCCUCUCACUUCCCCGUAGAGAUCAUCAACGGCGACUCCAUGCAGGUUUACCGAGGAUUGGAUGUUCUCACCAAUAAAGUUCCCCUUCAAGAUCAGAAAGGAGUACCUCAUCAUCUUCUGGGCACAAUUAGCCCUGACGUGGAGUUCACAGCGAAGGACUUUCGGGAUUCUGCUAUUCCUCUUAUAGACGACAUUUUGUCCCGCAAUCACAUACCUGUCAUUGUAGGAGGUACAAAUUACUAUAUCCAGGCUCUUGUGAGUCCAUUCCUUCUAGAUGAGUCCGUUGAAGAGAUGGAUGAAAAUUUCUUAAAUGGUCUUCAUGGAGAUGAACCACCAGAAUCUGAACUUGAACAUGGGUGUAAGAAUUUCAAUUAUAGUUAUGAUUGUCUUAAAGACCUUGAUCCUGAUGCAGCCAGUAGGAUUCAUCCAAAUGAUCACAGGAAGAUCAAUCAAUACUUGAGUUUGUAUGCUCGUUCUGGUGUUCUUCCUAGCAAACUUCUUCAAGGAAAGGCCAUGGAGAACUGGGGUCGAGCUGAUAAUUUCAGAUAUAAUUGCUGUUUUAUUUGUGUGGAUGCAUCUCUCGCUGUAUUGGAUGAGUAUGUGGAAUGGAGGGUAGAUUGCAUGGUUGAUGCUGGUUUGCUCGGUGAAGUUUAUGACAUUUACUGCUUGGAUGCGGAUUAUACUCGAGGGUUACGACAGGCUAUUGGUGUUCGGGAAUUUGAGGAUUUUCUUAGAGUUUGCCUUUCUGACUGCCAGAGUGGUAAAGUGAAUGCUUUGCCAGGGGCUUCCCACCUCCAGACGCCAACAAACAAGCAUGAUAAAAUAUUGAAAGAUAAAUUGGCUACUAUCCUGAAUUCCACCAAUGAGAUGCAGCUUAAACUUCUUGUAAAAGAGGCUAUUGACAAAGUAAAAGUAAAUACCCGAAGACUUGUUCGCCGUCAAGUCAAAGUUCACUACUUGAAGUUGCAAUUUUUCUUAGAAAAAGGAGGCUCAAUCAACUUUAAAAACAUGAAAAGGAGGCUUAAACAACUGCAAAUGCUGUUUGGUUGGAACAUACAUUAUGUUGAUGCAACUGAAUCCUUCUUAUGUAUGUGCGCUAAUGAUGAUUCCUGGGCAGCAAAUGUAGUUCAACCCUCUGUUAGAAUAGUAUCGUCUUUGCUUAAAGAAGAUGAAAGCUCACUCCCAGAUCCUGAGGUCAGGACUGGUACUGGAGGAUUGAAAUUAAGCCAAAGGGACUUGUGGACUCAAUAUGUAUGCAAGAUGCCUAUACUUUGUUCUCUAAAAGGCUUGUGGGGAUCGAGUCCUUAGAGGGGCACAUGAAUGGGAACAACAUGAACAGGGUCGUGGCCAUCGAAAACGAAUAUCCCGGCUCAGAAAGUCUGGGAAUAUUAGCUUUGUGGAGUAGAUGCAGCAUUGACUUGGCUCCAAGGACUAUUAUGUGGUAUGCCAUCAUCCACGCCUGUAUUUGUCAGUGUUAAUAUCUGUUUGGUGCAUUCUGUCUUUGUGCUGUAAAAUUUUAGGGCUUCAAUAUUGUUCUGCAAUUCAUAUGUUCCAUCUCUUCCCUACAUUUGUUCACUUGCACCACAUGCACGGAAAAAAAAAUAAAAUAAAACAGGGAGGAAAGAAGCUCUUUCCUUUUUAUUGGUGGGACAUUGCUUAUGGAGAAAUAUAAUGGGAUAUCAAUAGUUUUUCAA